CAAAUUGUUCACAAGCAAGGAAACGAAUAAACCCAAAGACGUUCCUGUUCUAAUUAUUUUGGUAUCCCUUAUUACUAUUAAUAAACCAUGGCAUCAGGCCGCUUCCUCGACCCCCUAACCCUGCUCCGCGUAGCCCCCCUUAUCACAUCCACAGCCUCGCUCACCAUCGCCUGCGACUCGCACUUCUUCCUCAGCAGCCUCGUCUCUCUCAAAUGCCAGCGGCCGACCGUCAACCAAGUCGCGCCGCGGUACUUCGAGACCUUCUUCUGGCGCGCCCUGCCCGAGAUCUUCGUCACCUUCGGGCUGUCCAUCGCCUUCGGCGUCGCCAACGCGAGGGUGCGGGCGCCCGCUGCGGCUGCGGCCUGGGCCUGGUAUGCUGGGGGCUCGGCGUUCUCGCUCGCGCACUUCGCGUUCGUGCCGGCCAUCGCGUGGAAGGUCAAGGAUACGAUCGACGCGAAGGAGGCCCCGGACGGGGGCGCCGCUGAGGCCAUCCAGGGCUGGUUGAACGUGCACUACGUCAGGAUGGCUUUGGCGGAUAUCCCGUCGUGGGCGUGCUUCCUCGUUGCGGUGGUGAAGACCUUGGGGCCGGUUUAAAUGGGACCUGCUAUAUUGGGUAUCUGGGGGCUGCUAAGAAGGUCAUCUUUGCUUUCUACAGGUAAGUCAAAGUUGUACCUAUGGCAGCCAUUGACUCUCGACUAAUGAUCUAUGCUACGAUCAGGUUGGAAUACAUGUACGAAGUGCACUAUAUCAAAUUCGGCUCUCCAAAAUUACAUAUCACACGAAAUAAAAUAUACCUAAUAAACAGUUCCAUUAGCAUUACUUCGAGACUGGUGAAGAAAAAUAAGACGCCAAAUACGCAACCGAAUCGCCUCGGUUGGAGCUAGUAGGCACUACUAGUGAUCAAGCUUAGAGACGGCAUAUUUCUCCAAUUUAUCCAUCAAUAAGAAGUGAGGGUCUAUUUCGGUAAGCUCACAGUCUAGAGCCAACUCGACUACACUCCAUACACGACUGUCCCUUUAACAACGGCGGGGUACAUUAUCCCCCUAUUUGCUUUUUAUACAACCGAGUCGACCCCGAGCGCUUCUAUAGUCAUUCCCCACACGAAGCUGAACCCCUCCAACGUACCCUACGAUGUCGGAC